ACCAGCCUAAGCAUCAUUGACACGUGCGAGUUUCAGCGGCUAAGGUACAUCCGCCAGCUAGGCGUCUGCCACUACGUGUACCCAUCAGCCAAUCACACGCGGCUAGAACAUUCCAUAGGGACCUCCCAUCUGGCCAAUCAGGUGGUGGAAUCGCUGAGGCGGCAGCAGCCCGAGCUGGAAAUCAAUGAUGAUGACGUCAUGGCGGUUACUCUGGCCGGGCUGUGCCAUGACAUGGGGCAUGGGUGCUUCAGCCACAUGCUCGAUAACGCCAUCUUCUCCCACUUCUGCCCUGGAUCCGACUGGCACCAUGAGAAACGGUCAGUGGAUCUGGUGGAGCGAAUGGUUGACAACAACAACAUUGACAUUGACCGAGAUACUGUUGCCACUAUCCAGAGUCUCAUUCUACCAGACAAGUCAAAGAGGGGGAGAAGGGACUACACAGGGAAGGAGUUUCUAUGGGACAUUGUGGCCAAUGCACGCACGGGAAUAGACGUGGACAAGUUUGACUAUCUGGCUCGUGACAGCUACUUCUGCAACGUCAACUCGUGCUUCGAUCACAAGAGAAUAAUCCAGUUGCUGCAAGUCAAAGACGACGAGAUCUGCUUCAAGUACAGCGAGUUGGGGACGGUGAAUGAUAUGUUUUUACAGCGGACCAAGAUGUAUCAAAACGUGUACACGCACAAGACAGUCAAGGCCGUGGAGCACAUGGUGCUAGAGGCGCUCAUCCACGCCAACCACAAGUUCCGAUUCGGGGAAAUUGCGGAAUCUAAAGAUCUCGACAGAUUCUGCGAGCUGGACGAUACGAUUCUGAGGGACAUUGUGCGGUCUCGAAACCCCAGCUUGAAGAAAUCGCAGGAGAUUUUGAAGCAGAUUGAGAGACGGCAGCUGUACCAGUACAUAAACGAGUUUGUGGUGCCGGUGGAAGCGCUGCCGCACUUCAGGAAGCUCACAGUGGCCGAGCUGCUGCGGCAUGGAACAGGGUCAUACCUGAGGGAGCAUGGUGACCAAGUGAUUGUGGACAAUAUCAAGAUCGACUAUGGGCAGGACAUAAACAACCCUCUUGACAAGGCCCACUUCUUCGAUGAACGCCCGUACAAGUUUCCCAUCUCAUGCAAUCAGAUUAGUACAAUGAUGCCACAGAAUUACAAGGACCUGACCGUUAGAGUGUACAUCAAGACAAGAGAUCAGCGCCUCGAGGACGAGGUGAAGGAGGCGUUUGUCAAUUACCAGAUGCAGACAUUCGGUCGCGAAGUCAUGCGCACACCAAGCCGUAAGAGAAUGCGCAGACACCACGAAAAUGGUGGAGGGAUAACCAAUGGGGGUGGAACUGGAACGGAGCUCACGGGGGAUGAUGAUGAUGUGGUCUCUUCACAAACUGCAAGGAAGCUGAUGUGA